AUGGGAGGCAAAUUAUAUGGCACUAACACUUUCCAGCAACGUAAAACACACACUAAUAAUACAACCACACACACUACAUCAACACCGACAAACUCCUUAACUACAACAAUAAUUCCGCCUGAAUUAUAUAUUAAAAUUUGUGAAUAUCUUACGCCAGAUGAUUUAUUUUCUUUAUCACAAGUAUCAAAAUAUUUUAGGAAUUUAUUGUGUUCAACAUCCGCUGCAACUCAAGCGAUAUGGCGUAAUUCUAGACUUCGAUAUUUGAUUUAUCCUAGAUGUCCAGCGCCACCAGAUGGGAUGGAUGAAAGACAAUAUGUUAUUAUUACAAAUUUGGCGAUAAGAUGUCAUGAAUAUAGACUUAUAAACCAUUAUAAAAUUCCAAAAGAUUCAUUAUGUGGCCUUACUUAUACCGCACCAUGUAAUUAUAAAAUCUAUUGGAAAGAUGAUAUUCGAACAGCUCAAGAAAACUAUAUGGCAGCUCUGGAAACCAAUAAUAUUGAAGAAUAUAUUAAAAAACAAACUAUUAAACUUAAUAAACAAUUAGAACAAAUAGAAUUACAAGAAUGGGAAUUUAAAAAUGAGAUGGCAAGAUGGAAUUAUCAAAAUACAUUAUUAUUUGAUGAAAUUAAAUUAAGAUCUAGUUGCAUAGCUGAAGAAACAGCUAUUGAAAUGGGGUUAGAUAUUGAAAAAUUACAAGAUUGGGGAAUAUAUUGGUAUCCUAUCGGUAAUGUUUGUAGAACAUUAACUGAAGAUGAUUGGAUUGAUUGGAGACGUGAAGUUGAAACUGAAUGUUCUAGGAUUAAGAGAAAAAGUCAGAGAUGGUUUCAUAGAUUUUCUAUAAGAUCUACUAUUUAUUAA